CAUGUACAAGAGAAUAACAGAUCAGGUGAUAAAACAGAUCAACCCACAGUUAUUUGUUGAAAGAGCCCUACGGGUCGAGAAAAACAAGUUGUACGUGGGGGUAAGAGAGUAUGAGCUAGAUGGUAAUGUCAGCGUUAUCGGAUUUGGAAAGGCUGCCCUGGAUAUGUUCAUUCCAAUUAAACGAAAGCUGGGGAGGCAUAUAAAGCGCAGCUAUUUCUCUAUACCGGAGUCAUCUCACGUUACCAUGACUACAAAUAGCAACACAAUAGAUACGAGUAGCAAUUCCUCAGAGGUAGUUGCACGUGCAGCGCGCAACAACCUGCCUGACGAGAACACUCUCGCUAUUACAGGAGAUAUUAUCAAGUACUCGGAGAGUUUAUCAGAGGGGGAUCUGUGUAUCUGUCUCAUAUCAGGUGGCGGAUCCGCUCUGCUGUGUGAUCCUGUAGUUCCGUUACCGGACAUGAUAGAUACUAUAAAACUACUAACUUCUCACUCUGCUACUAUACAACAGUUGAACACAGUGCGAACAUACCUCUGUAAAGUAAAGGGAGGUGGUCUGGCCCGCUUCAUAUCUCCUGCUACGAUACUAUCUCUGAUAAUAUCAGAUGUCAUCGGGGAUCCUAUCAACUUCAUAGCAAGUGGUCCAACCCUACCCACCAAGGUGACAAGAGAUGACGUCAUCAGAACCUUGGCAGAACUCUCCGUGACUCCCACCCAACUACCACAGUCGGUUCAGGGUCUGCUUCAUUGCGAACAUUCAUCUGUUGCCACGUGUGGAAAUGACAUCUACAACCUCAUCAUCGCCUCCAACAAGGUAGCGUUAGAUAUAGCGUCACGUGUAAGUGAGAGCGAGGGAUACAGUCCGUUUAUUAUUACAGACACUUUGGAUGGGGAAGCUAGAGAUGUAGCAAGAGAGCUGAUGGAAUGUGUGGCAAUACCCUCUGAAGACAAAAAAUACGAACAUAUCUCUCCUGAAACUGGUGGCAAGAUCAGAUCAGCUUUAUCUUCUAAACAUAACAAUAGUGGUAAAAGGUGUUUAAUAUUUGGUGGAGAGACAACAGUGACAGUGCAAGGUGAGGGGCUGGGUGGGAGGUGCCAGGAAAUGGCUCUAGCUGCAGCACUAAUCCUCGGACAAGUUGACACAAGUUACAAGAUCACUUUUCUAGCGACGAGCACUGACGGCCAGGAUGGGCCCACUGACGCCAGCGGUGCUGUCAUUACUCAAAACACAGCUUGCCAGGCACUUCAACAGGGAUUGGAUAUGGGGGUCUUCUUGGAGGAGAGCGAUUCGUAUAGAUUCUUUAGGUUGUUAAAUGGAGGUGAUAAUCAGUUGAAGUCGGGACUUACAGGAACUAACUUAAUGGAUAUUAUUUUUAUUUUUAUUGACUUGUGAGGUUGAUCAUUACAGUAUAGCAGUAUGCAGACGUAUAGUGUGUAUCUUUAACAAUUUCUUAAUAUUUUAUUUUACAAAAUGUAUUACGAGGAUAAAAUGAAAGCUGAUACAUAUUCGCACCGUUUUAUCGGGGUUGAAUGAUACAAUUUAAUUCAUAUUUAGAUGAUUCACACAUCAG